GGUCAGUUUCACUCUAGCUCUUGGGAGAGAAGGACCUGGCACGGCACAUCCCAUCCCCAGGCUGAGGCCUUGCUAAGGCCCAAACAGCCUUGCCAUGGCACAUAAGUACUUCAUCUACAAGGGGAUGCAGUUCCCACGCCUGGAUUACUCCCUUGAGGUACUGAGCUACGUGGAGAACGAAUUCCAGGUGCGGGAUGACGACGUCUUCAACAUCACCUACCCCAAGUCAGGCACUAACUGGAUGCUGGAGAUUCUGAGUCUGAUCCGUUGUGGCGGGGACCCCAGCUGGGUGCGCAGCGUGCUGAACUGGGAGCGGGCGCCCUGGGUGGAGAAUGUGCCGGGGCUGGAGGUUGCCCUGAAAUACCCCCCGCCCCGGCUGCUCUGCUCCCACCUCCCUGUCCAGCUCUUCCCCAAGUCCCUGCAGCGCUCCAAGGCCAAGAUCAUCUACACCCUGCGCUGCCCCAAGGACGUCCUGGUCUCGCUGUACCACUUCUCCAAGCUGGUGCACCUCUUCAGGGACCCUGGCUCACUGGACUCCUUCCUCGAGGACUUCCUGAGCGGGAACUUGCCCUAUGGCUCCUGGUUCGACCACGUCACCGGCUGGAUGGGGCUGAAGGGCAAAGAGAACUUCUUCUCCAUCACCUACGAGGAGCUGCAGCAGGACCCGUGGGACAGCGUGCGGAGAAUCUGCCACUUCCUGGGGAAGGAGCUGAGUGAGGAGCAAGUGGCCGCGGUGGUGGAGAACGCCUCCUUCCAGAGCAUGAAGGGGAACAAAAUGUCCAACUUCUCCCAGCUGAGGGAUGAGUACAUGAAACACCAGCAUGGGGGGCUCCUGAGGAAAGGGAUCUGCGGUGACUGGAGGAACCAUCUCUCGGAGGCACAGAGCCAGCGAUUCGACACCGUUUACCGGGAGCGGAUGCAGGGUCUGGGCAUGACCUUCCCCUGGGACUGACGGCCUCGCGCCUGCCACAUCUGCACCUGCAAUACACCGGCCCUGUGCCACCCACAUGCUGCUGCUCUUACCUAUCUCCCAGGGCACAGUAACAGCCCUCCUGUGUACAAUACUAUAAAAUCCCGACUGGCCAGAGACACCAAAAUCCUUUUUUACCUGUAAAGGGUUAAGAAGCUCAGGUCACCUGGCUGACACCUGACUCAAAGGACCAAUAAG